CUGCGACGUGAGUGCAUAGGAGACGCUUCGGAGAAGGCUUUUUUAAAGUUUACUGAAGACAGGAUCGGAAAUGUGCUUGCCUUCCGAACUGCCCAUCCAAAACUUGCCGAGAUUCCAUUCAACUCAGCAAAUAAGUUUCAAGUCUCCAUCCAUCACUGCCAGGAAAAUGACAAAUUGAAGCAGGGACCACUGUUAGUGAUGAAAGGGGCACCAGAGCGCGUCUUCGAACGUUGCUCAACCAUCUAUAUGAAAGGGAAAUCGUUGCCAAUAGUCAGGCAUGUUCGGGAGCAGUUUGAUGAAGUCUUCCUUAAACUUGGUGGUAUAGGUGAGCGUGUUCUUGGUUUCGCCGAUUGCUAUCUGCCUAGGCAACCAUACUCAAACAAAAAUUUCAAGUUUGACACUAACAAAGUUAACUUCCCAAUCAAAGAGCUGCGAUUCCUUGGCUUCGUCUCGUUAGUGGAUCCCCCACGUGCCUCAGUGCCCUACUCCAUUGCCAAGUGCCGUGAAGCAGGCAUUCAGGUCGUCAUGGUGACCGGAGACCAUCCGGUUACCGCCAAAGCGAUCGCCCGAGCAGUGGGUAUAAUAUCACCGAACAGUUACACUCGCGAAGAGUUGGCCCAACAACGCGGUCUAUCCAUCGAACAGAUUGACCCUCGAGAGACCACAGCAUGUGUGGUGCAUGGAGGCCAGUUGCGCGAGAUGUCAACCGGUCAACUGGACGAAAUACUCAACCUUUAUUCGGAGAUUGUAUUUGCACGAACCAGUCCCACACAGAAGCUGAACAUCGUGGAGAGUUUUCAACGGCGUCAAAAGUUCGUUGCUGUGACAGGUGAUGGUGUCAACGACAGUCCAGCUCUGAGACGAGCCAACAUAGGCGUGGCAAUGGGAAUCUCCGGCAGUGAUGUCAGUAAACAGGUGGCUGACAUGAUUUUGUUAGAUGAUAACUUCUCGACCAUCGUGACGGGAAUCGAAGAAGGUCGUGUGAUCUUCGACAACCUGAAAAAGUCGAUCGCUUAUACGAUGACCUCCAAAAUACCUGAACUUCUACCCUUUAUUCUUUUCAUGUUGUUCGAUCUUCCUCUGAUGAUGGGCACAGUGACCAUCCUCUGUAUUGACCUGGGCACCGACAUGCUACCGGCAAUAUCGAUGGCCUACGAGGUGGCAGAAAAAGAUAUCAUGAAAAGGAAGCCUCGCGACCCGAAGAAAGACCGUCUUGUGAAUGCUCGUCUCUUGGCGAUGGCCUUCCUUCAAAUUGGAGUCAUGCAGGCUCUAGCUGCUCUGUUCACGGCAUUUCUAGUGUUUUCCGUGAACGGCUUUCUUCCCGACCGGCUGUACGGCUUGCGGUCUGAUUGGACUGACAAGACGAACAAAGCCUUGAUCGACAGCUACGGUCAAGAGUGGACGAUGAGCCAGCGCAUGGAGCUACAGUACACAGUAUAUACUUGCUUCUUUGUCACUGUGGUGAUCGUUCAAUGGACUGAUCUGCUCAUUUGCAAAACGCGUAGACUAUCCAUAUUUCAACAUGGCUGCGCCAACAACAAAAUGACGUUUGCCCUAUUCUUUGAAACCGGUCUUGCUCUGCUUCUUCAGAUGGUGCCCGGUCUCAACGUGGCGUUGCAGUUGCGGCCAAUGCGGUACAGUUGGUGGUGCGCAGGGCUGCCGUGGGCACUUUUAAUUUUGAUUUAUGAUGAGCUGCGAAAGGCCUGGAUACGACGCUAUCCGGACGGCUUUAUUUUCGAAGAGACGUACUAUUAA